AUGAAUGCUGUGAAGAUGAUCCACACGAUCGCGAGGUAUUACAACACGACCGAGCGGAUGACGAACUUAUUCGCCAAAAUCACCAAUCAGAUGAUCACGAAUUGCAAGGAGUGUGUGCUGGAAGAGGGGGGCGAGUCGGACUCCUUGUGGAAGAAGGACCCCCUGGUGCUGAUCAAGAACCUCGAGUCCUGCAUCAAGCUGAAUGACGCCUACCAAUCGCAGUAUAAAGACACGAAAGACACGCUGUUGACGUUGCCGAAGGGCAAGCAGUUCGACUUCAGCGAGACCCUCAUCUUCGGGCGCUUCGAUUUGUUCUGCAGGCGGGUGUAUAAGCUGAUCGACAUGUUUCAGACCAUCCAUCAGUUCACGUCGCUCUCGCAGCAUCGAUUCGAUGGUAUGGAGCCGCUGGUGAAAUCUUUCAAAGCCAUCCUGGAGGAGUUUCAGAUCAAGCGCCACGAUCUCCUGGACUUUCACAGCAACCGCUUCGACCGCGACUACGUGGAGUUCUUGGUCCGCAUCUCAGACUUGGAGAGCAACCUGCGCCUCUUUAUCAACCAGUCCUUUGAACAGAUCGCGUCUAUCGAGUCUUCGCUCAAGCUGCUGCAGAAGUUCCAGAGCAUACUGCAGCGCGAGAACCUGCGAGCCGACCUGGAGUCCAAAUUCGCUGUGAUCUUCCACAACUACGGGGUGGAGCUCACGCAAGUGCAGGACCAGUACGAGAAGUUCAAGGCCGCGCCCCCGCUGGUGAGGAACCUCCCCCCCGUCGCCGGCAACAUCACCUGGUCCCGCCACCUGUACAAGCGGAUCGAGGGGCCGAUGCGCAAGUUCCAGCAGAACCCCUCUUUGUUCUCGCUAAAAGAUUCCAAGAAGCUGAUCCGCAUGUACAACAAGAUGGCCAAGACGCUGAUCGAGUUCGAGACCCUCUGGUAUCAGUCUUGGGUGAAUUCCAUCGAGGCCGUCAAGGCUGGCCUGCAGGCGACGCUGGUGAUCAAGCAUCCUGAAGACGGUAUGCGCUUCCACGUCAACUUCGACAGCGAGAUCCUGCAGCUGAUUCGAGAGACGAGGUGCAUGGACCGCAUGGGUGGCAUCAUGAUCCCGGAGGGCGCGAAAAUGGUGCUACUGCAAGAGCAGAAGUUCAAGACCUACAACCACGAGCUGUCUUAUUUCCUCAAAGAGUACGGGCGCGUGAAGGGCAUGAUUAAGCCAAUCGCCUCGAACCUCCUGAAGCCCCACGUAGAAAAUCUCGAUUUCAAGAUGCGACCUGGCAUGGUGACCCUAACGUGGACUUCCAUGAACAUUGAGUCGUACCUCGAGGACGUGUGGAAGGAACUGGACAAGCUCGAGCAAUUGGUCAUGACGGUGAACGAUCUUAUGGAGAACCGCAUCGACGCCAACUUGAAGCUCGUGUCUAACGUGCUUCUGGUCAAUCUGCCAGAAGAGCAGGAGCUGGUGACCCUCGAAGAGUUUGUUGACAUGCAGGAGCGCCACGUGAGGUCCACAACUGAUUUCCUGGUGGCCAAGAGCCUCGAGAUCGAGAACGCCGUGAACGACAUGCUGGGCACAAUGGUGGCAUUCGAGUUCGACCCGCAUGUGCCAGCCGUCACCGAGAGCGAGAUAAUCAAGGUGAAGGCUCAUUACAACUGGUCCAUGUACCAGGCGCUCCUGAACGCCACCAAGCGGUCGCUGCGCGCCAUGAAGCUUCGUUUGUCUUCGAAUGACAGGCAAGGCAAGGGGCUCCCGCCAGCCUUCUUCGAGGUGGAGUUGCAGCUAGACGGGGUCGGUGUCCGACUCGCACCUUCUGUAGAGGAGAUACAAACCGCGAUCAAUGGUGGCGCCCUCGCCGUGCUCAAGUGCUCUAAGAUGAUCGAGGCGUGGGAUACCGUGACGAUCCCGAAGAACGUGCAGCUCAUCCUGAACCCCAACCUGCCCCCGGUCCAGGGCACGGGGUCGCAGGGCACCUUCUAUGAUCGCAUCGCGAAGGACCGCGAGAUCCUGAAGGUAGUCCUGCUGCUGACGGGCAGCAUCCAAUCGGCCAAGAGCCAGUGCAACUUGUAUCUGUCGCAGUUCUCCUCAUACGAGUGGUGCUGGAAUGACGACAUCAACGAGAGCUACAAGAAGUUCAAGGAACCAGAGCCCACACUGGACGAGUUCGAGAGCAAGCUGAAAUACUUCGUGCAGAUAGAGGAGCAAGUGGACAAGAUGGAGGGACAGCACCAGAUCUCGGCGCUGAUGCUACAGACCAGUAGCCUGUCCAAGAGCCUGAAGGAGCUGGCCAACAAGUGGAAGGAGGUGUACGCUGGCCAUCUGCACAGGGAGGCCUUCGCAAGGUUAGAGGACGUAAGCGAGAUGGUCAAGUCUACCCGGAAGAAGCUGUUGCGUGAGGUAGUUAACGGCGACAUCGAGUCGCUGUCAUACGUCAUGCAGACUCUGCAGGAUGUGCGAGCGAAGCAGAGCGAGAUCGAGUUGGAGUUUGUCCCAAUCGAGCACAUGUACCGUAUCUUGGACGAGCACCUGCCACAGAUCAUGGACAAGGAAGAGAUGGAUGCACGCACCAUGUACCAGAAAAAUUGGCACGAUCUGUUGGCCGAGAGCGAGAACCGGCAGGAGGAGCUGGCCCUGAAGCAGAUACAGUACAAGAAAGACUUGAUCAAGACAGUCAACACCUUCAAGAAGGACGUCGCCAGAUUCCGCGCCGAGUACGAGCGCAGUGGGCCGAUGGUGCGUGGCAUACCGCCUCGCGAGGCGGUGGAGCGCCUGAAGAGGUUCAAGGAGGAGUACGAGGUCAGGGGGCGCAAACAGUACAUCUACCUGCUCGGUGAGGACCUGUUCGGCGUGCCGCACCAGCAGUACCCCACGCUGGACCAGACGAAGCAGGAGCUCCAGUAUCUCGGGCAGCUGUAUGAUCUGUAUGUCGCGGUUUUGGAGACCAUUAAAGAAUGGCGUGACUAUCUGUGGUCCGAGGUACCCGACCAUAUGGAUACCAUGCAGAAACAGAUCGACAACUUCUCGGGUCGCUGCAAGAAAAUGCCCAAGCAGCUGCGCGAUUGGCCCGCGUACCACGAGCUGAAGAAGGAGAUUGAGGACUUCCAGGAAGUCUUGCCGCUGCUCAUGGAGCUCGGCAAGCCAAGCAUCCAGGUGCGGCACUGGCAGCAGGUGAUGGAUAUUACCCAGAAGGAGUUGCCGAUCGAGUCGGAGAACUUCAAGCUGCAGUCCCUCAUCGACGCCCAGCUCAACGAGUUCACAGACGAGAUCUCGGACAUAUGCGAAGGCGCGGACAAGCAGCUCCUCAUAGAGCAGAAGCUCAAAGAGAUCAGCGAGAUGUGGGAGGGCAUGAGCUUCGACUUCGCGGGGUGGAAGGCGCGCGACUACCCUUGCGUGCUCGUGGGCGCCAAGGUCGGUGAGACGCAGGAAGCCCUCGAGGAAACCAUGAUGAAUCUCAACACGAUGAACGCGCAGAGGCACUCGAUUCCGUUUAAGGAGGAGCUGACGGCGCUGCUGACUCAAUUGUCGGACACCGGCGACACCAUCGAGAGGUGGUUCAAGGUGCAGUCCAUGUGGACGUCCCUCGAGUCAGUGUUCACAGGUGGAGACAUCGCCAAGCAAAUGCCCAUGGAGGCCAAGAAGUUCCAGCAAAUCGACAAGGACUGGGUCAAAAUCAUGCAGAAGUCUGCGGAGAUGAAGCUCGUGGUGCCGUGCUGCCAGAACGACAUGUUGAAGCAGAUGUUGCCAGUGCUGUCCGCGGGACUCGAGACAUGCCAGAAAUCGCUGGAGAGCUACCUGGAGGGCAAGAGGAACAAGUUCCCGCGCUUCUACUUCACGUCCGACCCAGUGCUGCUGAAGAUCCUGUCGCAGGGCAGCGACCCUGAGAGCAUCCAAGAGGACUUCGAGAAACUCUUUGACGCCAUCAGCCGCGUCCAGUUCGAUAAGGUGGACAAGAAGAAGAUCGUCAAGAUCAAGGGCGUGGUGGGGAACGCCGAGGAGACCGUCGACAUGCAGGUGCCCGUGAUGGCCAUCGGCAACAUCGAGGAUUGGCUGCUGGCGCUGGAGGCAGAGAUGCAGCGCUCGGUGCGCCGCGAGUGCCGCAUUGCCUCGCUGGAGAUCGGCCAGCUCAUGAACGGCCUCUCGGUCGGCGACUUUGGCCACAAGAGCAUCGCGCAGGUCUGCCUGCUGGGUAUCCAGCUCGUGUGGACAGCGGACUUCGAGGACGCCUUGAUUCGCAUGUCGCGCGACAAAGACAAGACGAUCAUGGGCUCGACGAGCAAGAAGUUCAUCCAGAUGCUCACCGACCUCGUCGGCAUGUGCCUCACCGACCUGGGCUCCAAAAUGAACCGCACCAAGUUCGAGACGCUGGUCACCGUUCACGUGCAUCAGAAGGACCUCUUCCAAGAGGUUGCCAAAAAGGUACGCGAGGGAAAGGUGAAGGACGAGAACGACUUCGAGUGGCUGAAGCAGACGCGCUGCUACUGGAAGCAGGACACGGACAACGCUGUGAUCUCCAUCGCCGACGUGGACUUCGUCUAUUCGUACGAGUACCUUGGCUGUAAGGAGCGGCUCGUGAUCACCGCUCUGACGGACCGCUGCUACGUGACGCAGUCUCAGGCGCUCGGCAUGUUCUUCGGCGGCGCCCCAGCGGGGCCGGCGGGGACGGGAAAGACGGAGACAACGAAGGAUAUGGGCCGCACGCUCGGUGUCUUUGUCGUGGUCACCAAUUGCUCCGACCAGCACCGCUUCCGCGAUAUGGCCAAAAUCUUCAAGGGCUUAUGCUCGAGUGGUCUGUGGGGCUGCUUCGACGAGUUCAACCGAAUCGAGCUCGAGGUGCUCAGCGUCGUGGCGAUGCAAGUCGAAUCCAUCUGCUCUGCCAAACGGCAGAACCUCAAGACAUUCAUGUUCCCAGGUGAGGUUGCCCCCAUCAAGUUGGUAAGCUCUGUGGGUUACUUCAUCACAAUGAAUCCGGGGUACGCUGGCCGGCAGGAGUUGCCAGAGAAUCUGAAAGUGCUCUUCAGGAGCGUGGCCAUGAUGGUGCCGAACCGCGAGACUAUCAUGAAGGUCAAGCUCGCCUCUGUGGGGUACUCCCUCAUUGACCUGCUCGGGAAGAAGUUCUGCAUCCUCUACGCCCUCUGCGAACAGCAGCUCAGCAAGCAGAGACACUACGACUUCGGUCUGCGCAACAUCCUGAGCGUGCUGAGAACGAGCGGCACGGUCGAGCGCUCGGAGCCACCAGAUGCGGAUGAGGAGAUGCUCUUCAUGCGCACGGUUCGUGACAUGAAUCUUUCGAAGCUGGUUGCCGACGAUGUGCCGCUGUUCCUUGCGCUGCUCAAGGACCUUUUCCCGAAGGUGACGGAUCCGCCCAAGAAGGUUUACGAGGAUAUCGAGAAUGGCAGCAAGGAGCUGAUCAAGAAGAAUUUGCUCGUAGAGUGGGACUCGUGGCUUCUGAAGGUGAUCCAGCUGUACGAGACGUCGCUUGUGCGUCAUGGCUUCAUGCUCGUGGGUCCGACGUUGUGCGGCAAGACGGAGAUCGCAACAGUUCUGACUGACUGUAUGACUGGGAACAACAACCCCCACAGGAUCAUCAAGAUGAACCCAAAGGCGAUCACCGACUCCCAGAUGUAUGGGUUCAAAGACCCCAUCAGCGAGGAGUGGACCCCUGGGGUGUUCGCCUCCAUCUGGCAGCAGAAGAACAAUCGCUCGCUGAAGUACACGUCGUGGAUCAUCUGCGACGGCCCAGUAGACGCCAUUUGGAUCGAGAAUCUUAACACGGUGCUCGAUGACAAUAAGAUCCUCACCCUCGCCAACAACGACCGCAUCCCCAUGACUGACAAUUGCAAGAUCGUCUUCGAGGUGGAGAACUUGCGGAACGCUUCGCCUGCCACGGUCUCCCGAGCAGGUAUCAUCUUCGUCAGCGCUAGCGACCUCGGGUGGCAGCCACUUGUGGAGAGCUGGAUGAUGCGGCGGACAGAGCUUGGCGCCAUCCGCACCGGUGAGGUCGACAUACUGAAGCCGCUCUUCGAGAAGUGGCUGAGCAAGCCGCCGCCGAAUGCUGGCGCAGCGCAGGACCUGUUCGACUGGCAGAUGCGCAACAUCACAACCGUCAUGCCCCUUAACGACUCGAUCAUCAUCGUGAACGUACUGAAUCUUCUUUCCGCCGCUCUCAAGCCCUGCGUGGAGGAGAACUUAGUCUUGACAGACGACGCCUACCGACGGGUGGCGUGCUGGGCCAUCAUGUGGGGAUUCGGGGGCCUCUGCGAAACCGAGGAGCGCAAGAAGCUCUGGGACAAGUUCAUUGAGAUCUUGGAGGCGAACGGCCACAAGGACGCCAUUCCGAAUUGCGGCGAGGAUCAGACCGUCUUCGAGUAUUACCCAGACUACACCGAGAAGGGACGGCCGUGGAAGCUGUGGACGCCCGUAGAGUGGAAACCGCCUAAGAAGAUACAGUUCUCCGCCCUCCUGAUUCCCACGAUGGACUCGUGCCGCGCGGAGUACAUGAUGCAGAUCAUCAGCGCGCAGGACUGCACGAGGACGCCGCCAUCGUUCAAGUCGUCCAUGAUGAUUGGCGCGCCCGGGACUGCCAAGACGUCGACGGCGCUGAUGUACAUGCAGACGUUCUCCUCGGAUGUCAUGCUGUCCAAGCGCCUCAACCUCAGCAGCGCCACGACGCCUCUCGGAUUCCAGAAGAGCAUCGAGGCCGAGAUUGAGCGCAAGACGGGCAAGACGUUUUGCCCGCCUGGUGGCAAGAAAAUGGUCUUCUUUAUCGACGACGCCUCCAUGCCGAUCGUGAACACCUGGGGUGACCAGGUGACCAACGAGCUGACUCGGCAGCUCAUGGAGGCAGGCGGCUUCUACUUCCUCGAUAAGGACAAGCGCGGCGACUUCAAGACCAUCGAGGGUCUGCAGUACGUCGGCGCGAUGGGACACCCUGGCGGCGGCAAGAACGAUAUUCCCAACCGUCUGAAAUCUAAGUUCUUCUGCUUCAACAUGGUGCUUCCGUCGCAGGUGUCUGUGGAUAAUAUCUUCGGCUCAAUCAUGCGCGUCAAAUUCAGCGUCAAGGCGGGGGCCAAGCCGGAUGUCCAGGAGCUGUCUAAGAAGCUCUGCGCUGCGACUGUCAGUGUGUGGGACAAGAUCAAGCGCAGCCUCCUGCCCACGCCGUUGCGCUUCCACUACAUCUUCAACAUGCGCGACCUGAGCCGCGUGUUCCAGGGCGUCAUGGAAUGCCCAGUGGAUAUCGUCAAGGAUGAGGUCACGCUGGUGAAUCUGUGGAAGCACGAGAACCUCCGUGUCUUCGCGGACAAGCUCUGCCGGGACCAGGACAAGGCAUUCGUGGACAAGGUCAUUGCCGAAUUUUUGCCGCAGCACUUCGGGGAGUCCUUGGGACAAGAGUGCAAGGAUACCCCAUGGUUUGCGGACUUCCAGAGAGAGACGGAGUUCGAUGACGAGACGGGGGAGGAGGUUGGAGCGCCAAAGAUUUACGAGCCAGCAUACUCUUGGGAUCAUGUGAAGUCGAAGGCGUACGAAUACCUGAAAAAGUUCAACGAGGCUAACCCUUCGAGGGCGAUGCAGCUUGUCCUCUUCUCUGACGCCAUGAAGAACAUGAUGAAAAUCAAUCGCACGAUUCAGCAGAAGCGCGGGAGCGCCAUGUUGGUCGGAGUCGGGGGCAGCGGCAAGCAGUCACUCGCGCGCCUGGCGUCGUACACCUCCCGCCACUACACCUUCCAGAUCACGAUCACCAAAAGCUAUAACGACAACGCGCUGUUCGAAGACCUGCGGACUCUGUAUCAACGAGGCGGAGUCAAAGGCGAGAACGUCACGUUUAUCUUCACAGACGCAGAGGUGAAGAGCGAGAAUUUCCUCGAGUAUAUGAACUCGCUGCUCGCCACUGGCGAAGUGGUGGGUCUCUUCGCCAAAGACGAGAGGGACGCGAUGUGCGGUGAAGUGCGCAACGAUUUCGUGAAGGACAAUCCGCAUCUCGAGGAGAAUCUUCUGAACAUGUACUCUUACUUCAUGGAUCGCCUCCGUGACAACCUUCAUGUGUGCCUAUGUUUCUCCCCAGUGAACGCGAAGUUCCCCAUCCGCGCACAGAAGUUCCCUGCAGUCUUUACCGUAAACAUCAACUGGUUCAUGCCGUGGCCAGAAGAUGCGCUGGUGGCAGUGAGCACCGAGUUCCUUUCGGCGUUCAAGGUGGACGCCACGGCAGAGGACCGCGAGCGCCUCUACCAGCUCACAGGCUCUUUCCAGGCCUCGGUCAGAGACAUGUGUGAGCUGUACUACACGCGUAUGCGCAAGCACACCUACGUGACCCCCAAAAGCUUUUUGUGCUUGAUUGAUUUCUACAAGAUUCUGUACGAGGCGAAGUACAACGAAAUCAACGUGCAGGAGAGGAGUGUGAAGGUGGGGCUGGAGAAGCUCAAAGAGGCAUCCGAGUUUGUUGAGAAGCUCAAGGUGCAGCUCAAGGAGCAGGAGGUGGUACUCAAGGUGGAGGAGAAGAAGACCACGGAGCUGCUCGUGAAGGUGCAGGGCGAGAAGACCAAGGCCGACAAGAAGAAGGAGCUGGUCAACGCGCAGAAGGCAGACUGCAAACAGACUGCCGACGGGAUCUCCAAAGAGAAGGCUGAGGCGCAGGUGGAGUUGGACAAGGCCCUGCCUUUUCUGCACGAGGCCGAGCAGGCCUGCAACUCGAUCACCAAGAAGGACAUCGGGGACCUGAAGGCCAACAAGAACCCGAUGAACAUCAUCAAGCUGACCUUCGACGGCCUGCAGAUUCUGCAAUCGAAGCCAAUGGUCGACGUCCAGCCGAAUCCGGACACCGUGAUCAACAAGGUCCAGGCUACAUUCAUUAUGGACUCGUACGAGCACUCCAAGAAGGAACUGAACGACAUCAGCUUCCUGAACAAAGUUCUCGACUUCGCUGCCAACGAGAAGGACAACAUCAAUGACGAGACGUGCGAGUUGCUGGAGCCAUACCUGAGGCACGACGAGGACGAGAAGAAGAAUUGGAGCCCGUGGCCCUGGAAAGUGCUCGCGCCAGAGAAGGCCUUGAGCGCCAGCUCGGCUGCCGAAGGCCUGUGCAAGUUCGUGGGCGCGAUGGUUCAGUACCACUUCGCUGCGAAGAUCGUGACGCCCAAGAUGAAUGCGCUGAAGGUCGCUGAGGCUCGGUUGAAGAAGGCGGAGGCCGAGCUCGCCGUGGCGGACGCGGAGCUGCAGAAGGUGCUGGACGAGGUGGCAGUCCUUGACGCUGAGCUCGGAAAAGCGCAGGCCAAAAUGAAGUCGCUCCAGGACAGCGCCGCGGCCAUGCAGCGGAAGAUGGACGCCGCCAACAAGCUGCUCAGUGGCCUCUCCGGCGAGAACGCGCGGUGGACCGAGGACGCCAAGAACUUCGCGCUGAGGCGGAAGCGGCUCGUCGGGGACGUGGGCUGCGUGGUUGCCUUUGUGGUCUACUGCGGGCCGUUCAACUCUGAGUUCCGCGACAAGCUCUACACAGGCUUCAUGGCGGAUACGAAGAAGACGAAAGUGCCGGCGCAUGACAAGAUCGAGCAGGUCGGCUUCCUUGUUGACGCAGGCACUAUCGGCGAGUGGGCCCUCGAGGGUCUGCCCAGCGACGAGCUGUCGAUCCAGAACGCCAUCAUGGUGACGCGGUCUUCGCGCUACCCGCUCAUGGUCGACCCGCAGGGGCAGGCCAACCGCUGGAUCAAGAAGCGGGAGGAGCACCGGAUCCAGCAGAACCCCUCCAUGUGCGUCACCACCCUGUCGUCGAAGAACCUGAAGGACCAGAUCGAGUUCACCAUGGGCGAGGGCCUGUGCCUCCUGAUCGAGAACGUCGAGAACGAGGUGGACCCCAUGCUCGACCCCGUCCUGGACAAGGCCAUCAUCAGAAAGGGCAAGAACAUGUACAUCUGCGUCAGUGACAACAACAUGGACUACAAGGAGAAGUUCAGCCUGUACAUGACGUCGCGGCUGCCCAAUCCGCACUUCAGCCCCGAGCUGUCCGCCAAGUGCACGAUCAUCGACUUCACGGUGACGCUGAAGGGUCUGGAGCAGCAGCUGCUGGGCAAGCUCAUCAGCAUGGAGCAGAAGAGCCUGGAGGACACGCUGUCCGCGCUCGAGGAGGACGUGACCAACAACACGAAGUCGCUGCAGCUGCUGGACAAGCAGCUCCUCGAUCGGCUGUCGAACUCGCAAGGCAACCUGCUCGAGGACACGGAGCUCAUCGAGGUGCUCGCCAACACCAAGGCCAAGGCCAAGGAGGUCGAGGGUAAGCUCAAGGAGGCCGAUGAGCGCAAGAUCGAGAUCAACGAGAAGCGCGAGCAGUUCCGCCCGGUCAAUCCAAUCACCGGCCAGCUGUCUGGCUGGAUGUACAACUGCUCGUUGCUGCAGUUCCUCGGGCAAUUCGAGAUCUCGGUGAAGAACUCCGAGAAGGCCCAGCCGACCUCGAAGCGCGUCGAGAAGAUCAUCCACUUCCUGACGUACCAGGUGUACAGGUAUAUGAACCGCGGCCUCUUCGAGCGCGACAAGAUGAUGUUUAAGCUCAUUGUGACGAUGAAGAUUUCGGUCAUCGCGAACCAGAUUACGGCAGGUGACGUGUCAGCCUUCCUCAAGGCUGGCUCUGCCUUGGACGUGAAGACCGAGAAGGCAAAUCCGUUCAAGUGGCUGACGGACAAGGUGUGGCUGAACCUGAUCCAGCUCUCUAGGCAUUCCUUCGGGACAGACCAGAUGCAGUUCUUCAGAGAGAUCUUGGACUUCAUCCAGCGCAAUGAGGCCUCCUGGAAGAAGUGGUUCGACGAGAACGAGCCAGAGAGCUGCCCCGUCCCCGACUACGAGGACGUCCCGGGGCACGCCGCCGCCAUCUCCGUGCCCUUGCCCCAGAGGGCCCAGGGGCCCGCUGAUGCCCAGACUGCGCCCCAUCGGUUCUGGGCCUGGCACCUGGCAUCGCCCGGACGUGAGCAUUUUUCCUCGGCGGGAACCAUCGAGGAGCAUCCUGGAUCAUCGAGCAACAAACAAAAACACGAAACCGACAAAUGCACGGGGAAUGUUGACGUCCGAGAGACUGCAAAGGCAUUUUGUCGGUCUUGGAGCCGUUUGGGGGUCUGA